CCUCCAGGGAUGUUUCCUCACUUCUGCUCACCCCUGGGGCUUAGAGCAAGGGGCAGCUUCCCAGGCCAGGGACUGGCAACAUGGAGUUUGGGCUGGCUCUCCUGCUCUACCCCUCGACCCUCCAGCCAUGGCUGUCCCGGAGGAAGGGCAGGUGCCCAGCCUUUUGGCAGUCUGGCAGGACCUCCAUCUAUUCUGCCUGGGGAGGAGAAGCCCGGCCGGGGGGAGGGGCAAGGCUCUUUGAGGCCCUUUAGGUGGCCCCCUCCCCCAAGAGGCCAAAAGCAGCCAGAUUUGGGUCGUGGGAAGGAGCAGGAGCCAGAAGGAGCUGGCACAGCCCCCUGGCACGCAGCCCCUCCCGUUUCCUUGCUCCCGGAGGAACGAGGCUGGGGCCAGAUGGGGAGGGGCCUCUGGGAUGGAGCUGGGGGCCGCGCAGCUCCGAGAUCAUAUGAAGCUGGGUCUGUGGGUCUGAGCUUGUGGGAACCUGAGUUCGAGUGUGGAGCUCCCGGGGAAGGAGCCGCACUGGCUCUGGCGUCAGUCCUCUCUCCCUGGUGCUGAACGGGAAUCGGUGCCCCAGACAAAGAGGGUCUCGGAUCCCUCCUCCUCCUCCUCCCCCAGCUGUCGCCGGAGCUCCGGGCUCUCUCACACCUCUUCUCACAUCCCUUCUCUCUGCUCUCUCCUCUCAGGGCUGCCUACCUCAGCCUGGGUCCUCCCCCUCCUCUCUCAGCCGCCCACCUCCCUCGGCGUCCCUCUUCCCGGGCCCUCCUCUCUCCCCUCUCCUCCCUCCUCCCCCUGCGUUCUGAUCCCUCCCACCUGCCCCUCUUCCCCUCCUUUCUCCUUUCCCAGCUGCCUCCCUCAGCUUGGUCCUCUCCCUCCUCCGUCUUCCUCCCGGCUUCCUCCUCCUUCCCUGGCUCUCCUCCCUUCUCCCGGUCCUUCUUCCUGCUCCCCUUCCCCCCCACUACCCUCCCUCUCUGUCCCUCCCCUCCCUCUCCCCAGCUCCCUCUCUGUCUCUCUCUCUCUCUCCUGGUCUCUCCCUGGCCCUGGCUCCCUCUCUCUCCCCCUCUCUGUCUCUUGCUCUCUGCUGGAGCGUUGUGACCGGAGGACCAGCAGCACCCUGAGGCCCCCCAGCCGUCUCAGCUGACUGGCCUUCGGGCUCCGGGCUCUCCAUGGCACCCUCGCUAGCUCUGGCCGGGGCUGCCUUCCUGGCAGGAGUGGCCCCUUGCUCCGGGGACACCCCCGCCUCAGCUUCCCCGCCACCAACCUCAAGUCCCAAUACAAGCCAGGAGAGCACGUGCCCUGGGUCUACCCGUUGCCAGCCGGGCGUCCUGCUGCCCGUGUGGGAGCCAGAUGACCCAUCGCUGGGAGACAAAGCCGCCCGAGCUGUGGUCUACUUCGUGGCCAUGGUCUACAUGUUCCUGGGCGUGUCCAUCAUUGCUGACCGCUUCAUGACCUCCAUCGAAGUCAUCACCUCCAAGGAGAAGGAGGUCACCGUCACCAAGAGCAAUGGCGAGACCAGCGUGGGCACCGUGCGCAUCUGGAACGAGACUGUCUCCAACCUGACCCUCAUGGCCCUGGGCUCCUCCGCCCCCGAGAUCCUGCUCUCUGUCAUCGAGGUGUGCGGCCACAACUUCCAGGCCGGCGAGCUGGGGCCGGGCACCAUAGUGGGCAGCGCCGCCUUCAACAUGUUCGUGGUCAUCGCCGUCUGCAUCUACGUCAUCCCGCCCGGAGAGAGCCGGCGCAUCAAGCACCUGAGGGUCUUCUUCGUCACAGCCUCCUGGAGCAUUUUUGCCUACAUCUGGCUCUACCUCAUCCUCGCCGUCAUUUCUCCCGGUGUGGUCCAGGUGUGGGAAGCCCUGCUCACGCUGGUGUUCUUCCCAGUGUGUGUGGUUUUUGCCUGGAUGGCCGACAAGCGCCUGCUCUUCUACAAAUACGUGUACAAGCGUUACCGGGCAGACCCCCGGAGCGGCGUCAUCAUUGGGGCCGAGGGCGACUACCCCAAGGGCAUCGAGAUGGACGGCACCUUCGUGGGGCCGGACCACCACCGGCUAGAGGCCGCCAUCGCCCUGGACCUACCCCCCGAAGAUCGGGAGCUGGACGAGAGCCGGAAGGAAGUGAUUCAGAUCCUCAAGGACCUGAAGCAGAAGCACCCCGACAAGGGCCUGGACCAGCUGGUGGGCAUGGCCAACUACUAUGCCCUUCUCCACCAGCAAAAGAGCCGGGCCUUCUACCGCAUCCAGGCCACACGCCUCAUGACCGGCGCGGGCAAUGUGCUUCGGAAGCAUGUGGCUGAUGCCUCCAGGAAGCCUGCCCUGCUUGACGGUGCAGAGGAGGAGGAGGAGGAUGGGGCCAGCCACAUCUUCUUCGAGCCUAGUCUCUACCACUGUCUGGAGAACUGCGGCUCCGUCAUGCUCUCGGUGGCCUGCCAGGGCGGGGAGGGCAACAGCACAUUCUACGUUGAUUACCGGACCGAAGACGGUUCUGCCAAGGCCGGCUCGGACUACGAGUACAGCGAGGGCACGCUGGUGUUCAAGCCCGGAGAGAGCCAGAAGGAGCUGCGCAUCGGCAUCAUAGACGACGACAUCUUCGAGGAGGACGAGCACUUCUUCGUGCGGCUGCUGAACCUGCGGGUCGGGGACGCGCAGGGCAUGUUCGAGCCGGACGGCGGCGGGAGGCCCAAAGGCCGGCUGGUGUCCCCCGCGCUGGCCACCGUCACCAUCCUGGACGACGACCACGCCGGCAUCUUCACGUUCCAGGACCGGCGGCUGCACGUGAGCGAGUGCAUGGGCACCGUGGACGUGCGGUUCAAAUCCUCCCAUGGGUCUGGGGCGGGAGGCCGGGGGGGGGGGGGGCUUUCUGGAUCCCUGCGCCCGCCCCCUCGAGAUUUCCCGGUCUAUAUCUUGGCGGAAUGCGGUCUCCCAGGCUGGGAUGUCUCGGAGGGGGCGGGCUUAGGUCCGGGCUGUACCAUCUCUGCCCGACUGGAGGGGGAGCAGCUGGGAUCGGAGCGCCCGUGGCCCUCCUUUGGGUCCCCGCGACGCGUCCAGUCCCCGCUCGGUCAGUCACUCCAGGAUGAGAUCACUCGCUCUGUGACGGGAGAAGGGGGCCCAGGCUCGCUGUCGGGGGCCGUCCCCCGGCUCUCCCCUCUGGCCUCCCCCUCGGCGCGCGGGAGCAGUGGUGGCGCCCCUCCCCCGCCAGAGGACACAAUGUAA